UUAGUGAAAAUGUCCUAAACGAGAAACAAACAGUAAUUUGCUAAAUACUUACAAGAGAUAUAGCUACAUUUAAAAAUACAAAUAUACUUGCGUUGCCAUAAAUGGUAUUUUACAAACUUCAGUUUAGCGACGGUGGCUAGCUAGCUGGCUAAAAUUCGCUAGCUAGCUAGAUGGCUACGCUAGCUACAGUAGUUAGUAAUGGUUAAAAAAGGUUGAGUGUUGACUGCUAGGGAAAAAGCUACACAGUCGGAUAUAUAAUACAGCUGAUAAAAUAUGUAGUGUCAUCCUGCAUAUAAAGCGAAGCUAGGUUGCUAACUAUGUGAAUAGCCAUCUAUUUAUUUAGCUAACGUAAGUAGAUGUUGGGACUAGCAAAUAGCUAGCUAUCGAGUAUCCACAAUGUGAAAACAACAUAUUUGUUUCUUAAAACUACUUAACCCUCUCCUAUGUAUGUACAAUUAAACUUGUUUCAAUGAUGGCCUGAUCAGAGUUCACAACUUGCUACAAACCUAUUCUGUACUUAACAUAACGGUAGUUACAGAGAGAUGUGUAUUUUUCACUCUUGCGUCGUUAGCCAUCAAGGAGCCAGUCAUAAGUUUCAGGCGCGCUUUUACUUCGACUUCCACUUCCAUCCACUGCACAGACUGUGGUAUUAUAGAUAGUACAUUUUUGUGUUUGUUUAGUCCCAGUUUUGUCAGUAGAUGAUGUUCGCGUCGUCCAGAAAAACGACAUAAUUCAUGAACUAACCCUGAACGGAAAAGUCAUAGCAAUCGCCCUCCGUUGGGAGUACGAGCCCAGGAGGUUCAGCAGACGACCACGAUCGUGAAUUUGAUCCUUCAGCAGAUAUGCUUGUUCACGACUUUGAUGACGAACGCACACUGGAAGAGGAGGAGAUGCUUGAGGGGGAGACCAACUUCACCAAUGAGAUUGAUGACCUCGCGCGGGAGGGUGAGAUGCCCAUUCAUGAGCUACUGAGUAUGUACGGAUACGCCGGCGGUUCACCAGCAGAUGGAGAGGAAGAGGACGAGGAAGACUUAGAGGACGAAGAGGAAUUAGAGGAUGAGGAAGAGGAUGAGGAAGAGGAGCUGGACAAUGAUGAAAGCAGCAGAAGCACUGGCAAGCUGAAAAGGAAUAAGACCGAGGGGGUGAAGAUCUUGUCGGGACUCGGGAAUGAGAAUCCAUUGUCCAGCGAGGGUCGGACGCGGUCCGUCAAAUCCCACGGCACGGCAGAGCUGAUCCGUGGUUCACAAAAGCUGAAGUACUUUGAAAACAACGACGCGGAGGAAGAGUCAGAAGAAGACGAAGAUUAUGUCCCAUCUGAGGACUGGAAAAAGGAAAUCAUGGUUGGGUCUAUGUAUCAGGCUGAAACGCCAUCGGGCCUUUGUGAAUAUAAAGACAAUGAGAAAGUAUAUGAAAACGAUGACCAGCUUCUGUGGGACCCUGAGUUCCUUUCAGAGGGCAAGGUUGUGGAGUUUUUGACUGAGGCGUCAAAACGAUCAGGAGAGGAGAAAGGAGUGGAUGCCAUCCCUGAGGGGUCCCAUAUCAAAGACAACGAGCAGGCACUGUAUGAGUUGGUCAAGUGUGAAUUUGACACAGAGGAAGCUUUAAGAAGACUUAAGUUCAAUGUGAAGGCAGCCAGAGAAGAGCUGUCAGUAUGGACAGAAGAAGAAUGUAGACAUUUUGAACAAGGAUUAAAAGCGUAUGGGAAAGACUUUCAUACAAUACAAGCCAACAAGGUGAGAACUAGGUCAGUAGGAGAAUGUGUGGCCUUUUAUUACAUGUGGAAGAAGUCUGAGCGUUAUGAUUUCUUUGCACAGCAAACCAGGCUGGGGAAAAGGAAAUACAAUCUGCACCCCGGUGUAACGGACUACAUGGAUCGGCUGCUGGAUGAGACCGAGAGCACCACGUCCAGCCGGGCGGCCUCGCCCCCUCCCACCACCUCCAACAGCAACACCAGCCACUCCGAGAAGGAGGACGGCGGCGGCAGCCACAAUGGCGUGCUGCGUCACAGCUCGGGAGACGUUUCCCAGUCGUCCGCAGGCCUGGCAGACGAGGUCAAAGCGGAGUCCACCCAGUGCAACAGGCCUCCUGGUGGCCGCCCCUCUCCAGAAGCCUUCCCCCCUCCACCGACCACCUCGGACACCGACGCUAACGGCUGCGCGGCCGCCGCCGCCGCCGCUCCCAGCCACGACAGGAACGGCUCCCUGGAGCCCCACUGUGGCGAUGAAGACUAUGAUCGGCCGGCUAAGAGGUGCCGGACUGAGGCGGAGCCGCCAGAGCAGAGCAAGCCAGAAUCCUCCAGAACGUCGACAGACCUCCGACAGCAGGAAGACUGACAAGAGUAACGAGUAGCCUCUCGGAGAGGUUAAAGGGCACUGAACCAAACAUGAAAAAAAAGACUAAGCGCAGCAAAGCGUCUUUUUUUUGCAGCGGAAAACCAAACCUUUCUUUUUGGAUAAGUUAGUCUACCCCUUUUACGUUGAAUUUAUUUCUUUGGUUCCCUUAUGAAUAUGACCCGUAGCAACCAACCACAUUUGACUGGGCCACUCCAGCAAAUGGAGUGAGCAGCAGUGGCCUGAUUGUAAAGGGGCACAUCAGACAGCCCUGCCUUGUUCCUCAUCCGGCAGAACCUCCAAUGCUUCUCCACAACGUUGCCAGCGUUCUCUUACACUCCCUGUCACGACUUCCUACUGGUUCUUCAAAUCAAUCCUCCCAAUCCCCUUUGUCAGAUGCCGAUCUGAUUUUUUUACGGCAGGAAAAUGCACCCCUCCCAUUUGUAUUAGAAUAAAAAUUGCCUGUGAUAUUUUUUUACGUGAAAGAUAUUUAUAUUUUUUUAAAAGAAGUCUAUGAUUGAUAGGCAUUUGCUGUCCAAGCCAUGUCAAACCUGGAAAUCAAAGUAGGGGUGUUGUAUGUAAAGGGGUUCUGGGUAUUUGAAAGGGCGAUAGACAAACAGAAUGGUUGUCGCUGUUGCAGGCAUACCUAAGUUGCACUUUUCAUACUUUUCUUUUUCUAAUUAUUGAGUGAUUAAAGCUACAACUGCUGCAUGACAUCAUUGCUUUUUUGAAACCCAACGCCCAACCCCUAUAGGCCAUAACCUUGAAAACAUUUAAUUGCAAGAAAUGAACCAGUGGGAGUGCCUGCCUCCAAGGUUCGUUUGUGUAAAGCAUUUGACAUCAGUGAUGUCCUGUAUUAUAACUCAUCGGUUAAGAACAUUGUAUUUUUGAAUUAUUUUUUUUUUACUAGACAGUACUUCAGUGAUAUUCUGUAAAGUUUGUAUAGAUUUCUUAUCUUGUACAGUUCUUACACGUUUUGAUAACUGUCUCUUCAAUACGUCUCUACUUUAGUCUCUCUUGUAAGGUUAUCUUAAGAACUUCUCUCUUUGUCGUUCCAAGCCGAGCGGUUCUAAGUCAUUCCUAUUUCUCAGCAUUUCCCAUUCCCAUUGUUUCCGUCUAGUACAUUUGGAAAUGUUUUUGUUUUUUAAUGAAAAAAAAACAUUUGAUAAUGACUCCAUGUUAAGAGAUGCUUUGUAAUGAUGCUUGUCUUUGUUUUUCAACAAAAAGGUGGAGAUGUGGUACCAGUAAAUAUCUUCUUGCCUGCCAUACAUGCAAAGUUUCUUGAUAGCCUCUAGGUGAGGCCAAAUUAUUGAUGAUUGUAAUUAGACGGUCACUGUAAGCUUUCAACGUAAAAAGACAUUGUAAAUUUACACGGCGUUGUUUUGAAAACUUGUUACAACAGCCUUUAUCCUUUUGACAUUCUCAAUGUUUUACUUUGUAGUCUGCAGCUGCUUAGUCUACAAUCACAAAUUGAUUUUCAAAAAGUUACUUUUUGUUCUCUAAAAGCUUUAGCCUUGUCGUUUAAAGUAAUGUGUUGUACGUUUUUCUCCAAAAAUAACAUGAAUAAAAAUGUAACGUAUACCAUGA